UAAAGGCUCCAGACGCGCCCGGCUGCGGGACGCUGACCUUAUUGGCCGGCUCAGGAACAGGGAGGUGUGGAGAAACGCCUGAUACACCAAACAAACUUCCCUUCAGCCCAGCGGUGGAACAGACCUUCUCCAACCCUUUUCAACUCAAAAACAAGAAGCAAACCCAGCGGUCAGAAUGUCUGCGGCCGGCGUGGCCAAGCUGUUGCCAACGGUAGAAAGACCACAAAGAAGCGGCCGCGGUUGUUGUGUUGGUGGUUUUUUUGGAGUAUUAGGGCCACGUCCAACUGGUGUGGGUGUCUUCGCCACGUUCGACCAAUCACAGACCCAGGAGUUCAAAGAGGCCUUCAACAUGAUCGAUCAGAACAGAGACGGAUUCAUCGAUAAAGAGGAUCUACACGACAUGCUGGCCUCUCUGGGGAAGAACCCGUCUGACGAGUACCUGGAGGGAAUGAUGAGCGAAGCUCCAGGUCCCAUCAACUUCACCAUGUUCCUCACCAUGUUUGGAGAACGUCUGAACGGCACUGAUCCUGAAGAUGUCAUCCGAAACGCCUUCACGUGUUUCGACGAAGACGCUUCUGGUUUCAUCCAUGAGGACCAUCUCCGCGAGCUGCUGACCACCAUGGGUGACCGUUUCACAGAUGAAGAAGUGGACGAGCUGUUUCGCGAGGCGCCAAUUGACAAGAAAGGAAACUUUAACUAUGUGGAGUUCACUCGCAUCCUCAAACACGGGGCCAAAGACAAGGACGACAUAUAAAAACAGCAGCAGAUUCAUGUCAAGAUCUAAUUAUACUGAUGACUCAACAGUUCACAAACCACACUGUAGUGCACUAGAAACCACUCAAAAAGCCUUAGCAUAUAUUUCACAUUGUGUUGCAAGUGCUGCAUGUGCAAACAUACUUCAGAUCCCGUAUUCAUGCUUUCUUUCUUCGUCUCUCCAGAUAAAAUCCCCUGUUGUGUGUGUGUAAGAGACUGAAGCAGAUAAUUAUGCUCUACAGAAUCGAAGGCAUUUUUGAAGUCCAAAAACACCCUUUAACAUGAAGAAGUUUUGCUGAUUUCAUUUAUUAAGAAUAAAGUUUGUACGUUUCAGAAUAAGUGCUAUAAGAAAUUGAAUUAAUUAGCAUCAUUUUAAAAUAAAGACGCUUUUCCACUUUC